AUGUGCACUUGUGUACAGUUGCUCGAAUUGAUUUCGAGGCUCGACAGAGGAGCAUCAGCUUCUACUAGUGAGAAAUCAGAGGUGGAUCAAUUAGCACAAAAGCUAGAGCGAGUGAACCCAAACAAGAAAGCUCUUGCCAGUCCACUGCUCAGUGCCAAAUGGAGACUACUAUACACCACAAGUGCAAGCAUAUUGGGAACAACAAAGCCACCAUUCUUGAGACCCCAAGGGCCAAUUUAUCAGACGAUUGAUGCGCAGAACCUCACAGCCCAAAACCAGGAGACAUGGCCAUUCUUCAAUCAGGUGAAGGCUACCUUGACGCCAGAGACUGCUUCGAGGGUGGCGGUGCAGUUCAGGGAGUUCAAGAUCCUUGGCCUGAUCCCAGUCAAGGCACCGCCGUCGGCUCGGGGGAAACUGGAUACCACUUACCUGGAUGAAGACCUCCGCAUCUCAAGGGGAGACAAGGGGAAUCUUUUUGUGCUGGAGAGAGCUGGCCCUGUUGAAUGA